GCAUCCGCGCCCCCGCGACUGACUGCGAGCGCACGCUGGUGCGCGCUACUGGCGUCCGAAGGCGAAUGCGGAGGAGAAACAAGGAGAUAGAGCCGGUCGCCCAGCAGAGGAGUUCACUUCUCUCCGUCCAGAAAUUUCAGUCUCACUACGUGUUUAUAUGAGCACGGCAGGAGAAUUAGAUAGUACGGACAUUGAAGGAUGAAAGGCCAAUCUGAUUGUUGAGUGUCCGCAUAGCCCUCGUCAGUCUCGAACCCGGAGCCAGAUACUGGAGAAGGGGUCCGCAUCGUGCACACACGGCAGGCUUUUGAGCAGUGGACCCUCCCACUGCUCUGCCUCCAACCCCAGCCUGAGUGCCAAGCUUGUGUCCGGAUCGCCGAUCGUCUGCUGGAGGGUCUUCCUCCCCCUGCUGUCCCGCCUUUGCCCCAUCCCCGGCAGCAGAGAUGGUGCUGUCUCAGAGGCAACGUGAUGAGUUAAACCGAGCGAUAGCCGACUACCUCCGCUCCAAUGGCUACGAAGAAGCAUAUUCUGUUUUCAAGAAGGAGGCAGAGUUGGACAUGAAUGAGGAGUUAGACAAAAAGUAUGCCGGUCUUCUGGAAAAGAAAUGGACUUCAGUGAUCAGAUUACAGAAGAAGGUGAUGGAGCUGGAAUCCAAGCUGAACGAGGCUAAAGAGGAGAUCACCCUGGGGGGCCCCGUGGGACAGAAGCGGGACCCCAAGGAGUGGAUUCCACGGCCUCCGGAGAAGUAUGCAUUGAGUGGACACAGGAGCCCCGUGACCCGGGUCAUCUUCCACCCUGUGUUUAGCGUCAUGGUCUCUGCUUCGGAGGACGCCACAAUAAAGGUGUGGGACUAUGAGGCAGGGGACUUCGAGCGGACACUGAAAGGCCACACAGACUCCGUACAGGACAUCUCCUUUGACCAGACCGGCAAACUCCUGGCCUCCUGCUCUGCUGACAUGACUAUAAAGCUCUGGGAUUUCCAAGGCUUUGAGUGCAUCCGGACCAUGCAUGGGCAUGACCACAAUGUGUCGUCUGUAGCCAUCAUGCCCAAUGGAGAUCACAUCAUCUCUGCCUCCAGGGAUAAGACCAUCAAAAUGUGGGAAGUGGCCACUGGGUACUGUGUGAAGACGUUUGUCGGCCACCGAGAGUGGGUGCGCAUGGUGCGGCCCAACCAGGAUGGAUCCCUCAUUGCUAGCUGCUCCAACGACCAGACGGUUCGCGUGUGGGUCACUGCUACUAAGGAGUGCAAGGCGGAACUCCGGGAGCACGAGCAUGUGGUGGAGUGCAUCUCCUGGGCCCCCGAGAGUGCCUACCCUACUGUUCUGGAAGCCACAGGGUCAGAGAGUAAGAAGGGUGGGAAGCCCGGCCCCUUCCUGCUGUCGGGGUCCAGAGACAAGACCAUCAAGAUGUGGGACGUGAGCACCAGCAUGUGCCUUAUGACACUGGUCGGCCAUGACAACUGGGUGCGCGGCGUGAUGUUUCACCCAGGAGGGAGGUUCAUCGUGUCCUGUGCCGAUGACAAGACUCUCCGUAUCUGGGACUACAAGAACAAGCGCUGCAUGAAAACCCUGAGUGCCCACGAACACUUCGUUACCUCUCUGGAUUUCCACAAGACGGCCCCGUACGUUGUGACUGGCAGUGUGGAUCAGACAGUAAAGGUGUGGGAAUGCCGCUGAAUGUACCUACGGGCGACGACCCCUCUCCCUUCACCCCCCUGACCCCGCCCUACUCUUUGCCUCCAUUCUGACUUCCUGGACGCACUCGGUUACCAUGGUUACUACCCAUCAAUCGCCGUUUAAAUAACCAUUGUCCUUUUAUGUAAAUUAUUCUGGAUGUAGACUGAGCUAUUAAAUGUUACACACAAAAGUAUUCUUGCAUGGUGAAUCCAAAAUUGUAUACUGUAAAUUUGCAUACCGUCGUGUAGAAAUUGCCUAGGGUUAAGAGUACAGGUGGGCCAUUAGCCCUACUGGACUUACAAGCUGCAUACAGUGACUGGGUCAUUAAGAAGUAGAGCGAUAAAAUGCUAAUUUAAUGACAGUGUCGUUCCUGUGUGUCAGGUUAUUUUGUCAGUUUGUUUUUUUUUUGGUUUGUUUUUUUGUUUUGUUCUGCCUGUUUGUCAUCUGGUGCCUCGCUUUGAGAGGGAUAGAAAAUCAAAACAAAACUUAAAGUAUCUGUAUCUGGUCUGUGGGGUCCUUUUCUGGAACAGUGAGUUGCAGUGUGACCGCCCUUCUGAAGCGUGCUUACUCCCCUCCCUCCCGUGCAGUAAUGUGAUGUGGGGUGCCGAGCCUCGUACCCUUGUCAUGACGUGUGAUGGCUCCCUUGUGUGAACGGGAACUAGACCUUUUCAGCACUGCUGCCCAUGGCUAGAAACCCAACUGUGCUGAAGUCCCAGGCACUUUGGGGUUGGCCAGGAGAGGGUUAAUGAGGACAUGCUGGGUUGACUGUAACUAGGAGUUUAUGUGGUAACCUUCAAAGUAAUUAGAACCCGGGUCUGAAUAAGACCCGCCAUCGAUUCAGACUGAACCAUUCGUUCCAUAAGUGUAAGGAGCUGCAGCAGCAGGGCAAGGUAGCCUGGCUGUGUGAACCACCCACCCCCCCAGACGAUGGGCCACCCCGCCCAGAAAGACACACAGGUUCUGACAAGGAUGCCCAGGAAUCUCCCCACAUUACAUGUAUGUGAUGGACAGCUGGAGGGGCUGAGGGGGACCUCAGUGCAGAAUGAACACAAUUUCUGUACAGAAUUAUAAAUAAAGUGCACUUUCUUCAGAAGAUACAGCCACUGUAUGGAUCAACAUUUUCCCUCCUUGGGAUCUAUUUUAUUCAUACAGUUAAUAGUUACUGUUUAGUCUUAGUUGGAUUUUUUCCCCCUCCUCUUUGGGUUUAUUUUCCCUCCCUAACCCCCCCCCCAACCCAGUAUGGUGAUUCUGUUCCAAAUUGGAUACAGUGGAACACAAGGAAAGAGCUAAAGAGAGCCUAAUCGUUCCACUUUUUUCCCCCAAACAUGCACAUACUUCAGGUUCAAACAGAAAAGCAUUUAAAGUCCCUUUAACUUGCACACCCUUGCUCUCCUUAAAUCUUCAGUCCUGCCUGACUCAAGAUUUAAGAUGUUUAAAAAUAAUAAGAUUAAUAAAUGCACAUGCCAAUAUCAUUUUAAUUAGCCUUUUCAUGAAGAUGCAAUUAUAUAAUAAAGAAUUUCACUGCUGAACCAAA